AUGUGUAUUACUGUAAAUACAACACGAAGUUCGGAUACGCCAGAGGACCAACAAAAGCGAAACGAGACCAUACGUAAGCUAUUCGUCAAACGACGAAACAUUGAAUAUGUGCUGCAAUACAGCAACGCCACCCCCUUCCUCUUUUAUAAGGGCAAAUAUCGGUGCUUCUUUUGCACGGAACCGAUAAAAGACCCAGACGUCCUGAGGGAGCAUACGAAAAUCCAUCAGUUUGCCAACUUGGAGCUGGUGAUUUUUGACAGAACAAAGACGAAUCGCAAUCGAGAUGCUGCUGUCAAAAUUGACAUCACGAACCUCACUUGCAAGCUUUGCCUGCAGACUAUAAACGGUCUGGAACAGCUCAUCCAUCAUCUCAUCAUAGCUCAUGAUGCUGAAUACGACAUGAGCGUGCCGAACUGCUUCUUACCCUUCAAAUUGGAGAGAGAUCAGCCGACGUGUCCAAUAUGCGAUAUGAAGUUCGUCUUCUUCGAAUACCUCCUGAGACACGCUAAUAAGUACCAUCUUUCGCACGAUUAUAUCUGCGAUGUGUGCGGCACCAGCUUCCAAGGCGAGAACCAUUUGAGAAUGCACAAUCGAUACUACCAUAGGGAGGGGGGCUACACGUGUAGCCACUGCGGGAUACGUCUCGAGACGCUCUCCAAAAAGACACUCCACGAGAAGAACGUACACCUCGCGAAUCUAUUGACCUGCCAGUAUUGCCCGGAGAUCUUCAAAAGCCCCUACUUCAAGAAGCUGCAUCUUGCGAACGUGCACGGUGUCGCCGAGUUGAGGAUCAAAUGCCCCCACUGUCCAAAAGUUUUUCCCCAAGAGAGUCUAAUGUCGAGGCAUCUGAGGCGCGUCCAUUUGAGGGAGAAGAACGUCGAGUGUCCCAUUUGUGGUGAUAGAUUUUUUGGUCCGUACGAUGUGAAGUUACAUAUGUUAAAACACAACGGCGAUAAGAACUUUGUGUGUACGGUGUGUGGAAAGAAAUUCUCGAAGAAAAGUAAUUUAAAUGCACAUUCAGUUAUACAUACUGGGAGGAAGGCGUUCUCUUGUUCUGCUUGUGGCAAGGAGUUUGCGCAUAGGCCGAAUUUGAAGCUACAUUAUAAAACGCGACAUCCAGAUCAUACAGAAGGGGUAACAGAUAACACAUUAACGAAUAUAGAGUUAGGCACAGAUUAUGGUAUUGUUGAGGAAACUGUUUAA